CGGGACUUUUCUUAGGGACUUGCCACCACGCACUUGUUGCAGGAAUAGUCCCGCGAGAGGGCUGCGGUGGGUACAUUGACGGAUGACCCUGCUGCUCCCAAUCCCAGCUGUCAGCUGCGCUCGUGCAACGUUUCUGACUUUCCCCACUCUGUCCCCGGUACCAUGGCGUCCAUGGAGGAGGACGGCUCGGUUGAGGAGAAGGAUAACAACAACAAGAAGAGAACGAAAAGUGCAAUUGCUGUCGCAUGGCUUACAUUUUACAACAUCGCCAUGACGGCCGGGUGGCUGGUUUUGGCUAUGGCAAUGAUGCGCUUUUACCUCCAGAAGUCCACACAUAAGGGUCUGUACAAAAGUAUAGCAAGGACACUCAAGUUCUUCCAGACAGUUGCGUUAGUUGAGGUGGGGCACUGUGCAAUCGGAAUCGUGAGGACCUCUGUAAUUGUGACCGGGGUUCAAGUGUGUUCACGAAUCUUCAUGGUGUGGUUCAUCACCAACAGCAUCAAACAGAACGAAGAAAGUGUAAUCCUCUUCCUGGUCGUUUGGACGUUGACAGAGAUUACCAGAUAUUCAUUCUAUACAUUCAAUCUGCUCAACCACCUGCCAUACUUCAUCAAAUGGGCCAGAUACAAUAUGUUUAUCAUCAUGUACCCUCUCGGAGUGGCCGGAGAACUCCUGACUAUUUACGCUGCUCUGCCAUUCGUUCGCAAAACCGGAAUGUUGUCCAUGAGGCUCCCCAACAAGUACAACAUCUCCUUCGACUACUACUACUUCCUCAUCAUCGUCAUGCUCUCCUACAUCCCAUUGUUCCCACAGCUCUUUUUCCACAUGCUCCGUCAGAGAAGAAAGGUGCUUCUUGGGGAGAUCAUAGUGGAGAAGGAUGAGUAAGAGCCGCCUCACAGUCCAGCACCUGGCGUUCGUUUUGGAACAGCGAGCCAAAGUUCUCCACACUGCAUCGCAAGCGACCGGGAGAGUCAGACCACUACCGACAUAACGGGAUUAACCAAGUAAUAAUCGCGGAACCAGGAUUUAGUCAUUCACCACAAUAACCCAAAUGGAUUAAAUACAAGAAAUCAUUACCCAACAGGAAUAACCUUCAUCAGAAUCAUCCACAACAGACAUCAGUCAACCAGAAGAAUCAUUACAGAACAGGAGUAGUCAGCGGAAUAGUCAUUAAUGUGGAAAAAGGAAUAAGUAUAAUCUAUAGCUUGAAUAAUCAUCAUCAUCGCAAAACUGGAACACUGUCCCAGUGCAGAUAGCUAGAUCCCCAGAGAGAGAGAGCACUGAAUCCACUAUCCAGCAUGGCCACAUCAUGCUGUCCUAAACCUCUGCAACCUGAUAGCAUACUGCACUGAUUACCUGCUCUCAACUGCAACAGUACAAUGUUGGAAGGCGCUUGCUGUGCAUUGGGUCAACCACACAGCAGAUACAUACUGCACCCACCAUCAGUGCAACACACAGGGAGUUCAGGGGAACCAGGGACGGGUGAUAUGUAUGAAAGGAGGGAUGAGGCUCCUGAGCUGGGUUUUUUUUUUUCUUUUAAAUUGGAAAUACAUUUUUUAAGCAUUUUUAAACGUUUUCCACCACAGUGAUUUUAUACAUAAAUAGCAUGUUGCAACAAUGACUAGACAGAAGCUCAAAAAAAGAGAAAGUUCUGCAUAGACGUAUUAUACCUCGACAAUAAAUAUGCUGCUUCCUCGGA